UGGAGCACCUCCCUCCCAUCACACAUUUUGUCAUUUGAGACAAAAUCAACCACUCUCUCUCACCCCAAGCAUCUAGCUCGCCCAAACCUAUCAUUUUGAGAGGAGAAACUCUCAAAAUACCCAUUCUCCAUAACUGAACUCGAGCUCAAGGAAGAAGGUCCAAAGAGGAGUGAUUAAAGAAGGAAAAAGUUAGGGAAAAUGUGAAGAAUUAAGGAACUUGACUAAAGGGAAUCUAGAGUUCGUCGGAGUUUUGCCGGAGUUCGUAGGAAUUUCGCCGGAGUUCAACUAAGAAGAGUAGAACUUCUUAAAGCUCAUUUGAGGUUGAAGCUAAGGCUUGUCAUCUACACCUUUGCACGGGUGAAGAGAAUCUAGAGGAAGACGUGAAAUGGAAGGUAGACGUAUGCCGACAAGAAACAAUCCGAGGGGGCAAACAUCGGUAGCUUCUAUUGGGGCUAGCCGGGCCACAUCUCGGGGCUCAAGAGGUGGAAGAAGAGGCCGUGGAGGCCGUGGGAGUCGUGGGGGCCAUCGAGCCCAAACAGUGAGCGACGGUCAUGUUAGCUCGGUGUAUGUAACUAACACCGGGGAAUAUGAUGCAACCUAUGUUCCCGAAACGAGGCACGAGGAGACCCCAUAUGACGGGGGUGACUUCCACACCGACGAGGAAGACAAUGAUGAGAGUGAUGCUUGAUUCGCCCAAAUGGGUGAAUUGUUUGAAUGGUAUUAAAAAGAGAAGCAAAGGAGAGAGCUGAGACGUCAAGCUAGGCGUGCCCCUCGAGGCAGUUCGGAUCAAGGGAGCCGUGGAGCUUCAAGGGCCGCUUCAGGGGUGUCCCAAGGUGGACACGUGGAGAUUUCUGUGUUAGAAUCUCCAAAUACCUCAAGGAAGCAAGGGCUUUGGGGUGCAAAUCCUUUGACGGCACCGAAGACAUCAUUGUUGCCGCUGAUUGGAUAAAGAAGGUGAAGGAUGCAGCAAGAGACAUGCAAAUCACCCCUGACGUGAAGUUGACUAUUGCUUCACGCUUGCAUGAAGGAAUGACUUCUACAUGGUGGGAAGGUGUAGAAGGAAAGUAUCGUGGUAUAGUCUCAUGGGAAAAUUUUGAGCGGGGUUUCUACACUCAAUACUACUCCGACUACGAGGUUAAUGUGAAGCAUAGGGAGUACACAAACCUCAAGCAAAGGGAAGGUGUCACUGUUAAGCAAUUGGGGCAAGAGUUUAGGACCUUGGCUAGGUUCUUGUCGGAAUAUGCGGUCAAUGAAGACCGCAUGACGGAGCAUUUUGGGGAUGCCUUGCUUUUGGACAUCCGCGACCGAGCCACAUUCUCACGUCACAUGACUUUUAGUGAGGUGGUGUAACAAGGUAUGCUUGGGGAAACCCAAUGGAACGAAAGGAAAGAAAGAGACGCCGAAGAGGCGGAGAAAAGAAAGUGGAACAAUUCGGGACCACCCGAUCAUUCGAGG